GAGGAAGGGUUUCUCUUUCUUUCUCUCAGUGCUCAGUUAAUCCUGCUGUCAGUUGGUGUUAAGGCAGCAGUCUAAACGCUGGAUUCCAAGAGAAAGAGCUGCACAAUACAGAAGGCAUAGCAGAAGGGAGGAGAGAGAGAGAAAGAGACUAGAGGGGGAAAAAAAACAAAUCUAUGCUUGGAACUGAGGUUCUUUUUCGCCAAUGCAAAAAGGAAUAUGCAGCACAUUUUUGCCUUCUUCUGCACCAGUUUCCUAGGGACGGUGUUAGGGGCCAAUUUCCCCAACAAUAUCCAGAUAGGGGGAUUAUUUCCUAAUCAGCAGUCCCAGGAACAUGCGGCUUUUAGGUUUGCAUUGUCUCAGCUCACAGAACCCCCUAAACUGCUUCCCCAGAUUGACAUUGUGAAUAUUAGCGACAGCUUUGAAAUGACAUACACCUUCUGCUCGCAGUUCUCCAAGGGCGUCUACGCCAUCUUUGGGUUUUACGACAGGAAGACGGUCAACAUGCUCACAUCCUUCUGCGGGGCGCUCCACGUCUGCUUCAUAACGCCCAGCUUCCCCGUCGACACCUCCAACCAGUUCGUCCUCCAGCUGCGCCCAGAGCUUCAGGACGCCCUCAUCAACAUCAUCGAGUACUACAACUGGCAGAAGUUUGUGUACAUUUACGAUGCUGACCGGGGCUUGUCAGUCCUACAGAAAGUGCUGGACACAGCUGCCGAGAAGAACUGGCAGGUGACAGCUGUCAACAUCCUGACAACAACAGAAGAGGGCUACAGGAUGCUCUUCCAGGAGCUGGAGAAGAAAAAGGAACGGCUGGUGGUGGUGGACUGCGAGACGGAGCGGCUGAACGCCAUCCUGGGCAAGAUCAUCAAGCUUGAAAAAAAUGGGAUAGGAUACCACUACAUUCUAGCAAAUUUGGGAUUCAUGGACAUUGACCUGGUAAAAUUCAAAGAGAGUGGAGCAAAUGUGACCGGCUUCCAGCUGGUGAAUUACACAGACACCGUUCCAGCAAGGAUCAUGCAACAGUGGAAGAACAGUGAUGCCAGAGAACAUCCUCGAGUUGACUGGAAGAAGCCAAAGUACACAUCUGCUCUUACUUACGAUGGAGUUCGGGUGAUGGCGGAGGCUUUCCAGAGCCUGCGGAGGCAGCGGAUUGACAUCUCCCGUCGUGGGAAUGCUGGCGACUGCCUUGCAAAUCCAGCCGUUCCUUGGGGCCAAGGGAUUGACAUUCAGAGAGCUCUGCAACAGGUGCGCUUUGAAGGAUUAACCGGCAAUGUUCAGUUUAACGAGAAAGGACGUCGGACCAACUACACCCUCCACGUGAUCGAAGUGAAACACGAUGGGAUCAGGAAGAUUGGUUAUUGGAACGAAGAUGAUAAGUUUCUUCCCACAGCCACAGAUUCCCAAGGUGACAAUGAAUCCGUGACUCUACAGAAUCGGACUUAUAUAGUUACAACUAUUCUAGAAGAUCCAUAUGUGAUGCUCAAGAAGAAUGCCAACCAGUUUGAAGGCAACGAGAGGUAUGAAGGCUACUGCGUGGAGCUUGCUGCUGAGAUCGCUAAGCAUGUUGGCUACCAAUACAGGUUGGAGAUAGUGAGCGAUGGGAAGUAUGGAGCCCGGGACCCUGACAAUAAAGCAUGGAAUGGCAUGGUGGGAGAGCUGGUUUAUGGAAGAGCUGAUGUGGCUGUUGCACCAUUAACCAUCACCCUCGUCCGAGAAGAAGUCAUAGACUUUUCCAAGCCAUUUAUGAGCCUGGGCAUAUCCAUCAUGAUAAAAAAACCUCAAAAAUCCAAGCCAGGCGUCUUUUCCUUUCUGGAUCCCUUGGCUUAUGAGAUUUGGAUGUGCAUUGUUUUUGCCUACAUUGGAGUAAGCGUUGUCCUCUUCCUGGUCAGCCGCUUCAGCCCUUAUGAAUGGCAUACUGAGGAGUUCGAGGAAGGGCGCGACCAGCCACCCAGUGACCAGACUAAUGAAUUUGGGAUAUUUAACAGUCUUUGGUUCUCCCUGGGAGCCUUUAUGCAGCAAGGAUGCGAUAUUUCACCAAGAUCCCUCUCUGGCCGCAUAGUUGGUGGUGUCUGGUGGUUUUUCACCUUGAUCAUCAUCUCUUCCUACACGGCUAACCUGGCUGCCUUCCUGACAGUGGAACGGAUGGUGUCCCCCAUAGAGAGUGCAGAAGACUUAGCCAAGCAGACAGAGAUUGCCUACGGGACCCUGGAAGCUGGGUCAACUAAAGAAUUUUUUAGGCGAUCUAAAAUCGCCGUGUUUGAGAAGAUGUGGACAUACAUGAAAUCAGCGGAACCCUCCGUUUUUGUGAGGACCACAGAAGAGGGGAUGAUCCGGGUGAGGAAGUCGAAAGGGAAGUACGCCUACCUCCUGGAGUCCACCAUGAAUGAGUAUAUAGAGCAGCGCAAGCCAUGUGACACCAUGAAGGUGGGAGGUAACUUGGAUUCCAAAGGCUAUGGCAUUGCAACACCGAAGGGGUCUGCACUGAGAAACCCAGUAAACCUGGCAGUGUUAAAACUGAACGAGCAGGGGCUUUUGGACAAAUUGAAAAACAAAUGGUGGUACGACAAGGGCGAGUGCGGCACCGGGGGAGGUGACUCCAAGGACAAGACAAGCGCUCUGAGUCUCAGCAACGUGGCCGGGGUUUUCUAUAUCCUGAUCGGAGGGCUCGGACUAGCCAUGCUGGUUGCCUUAAUCGAGUUUUGUUACAAGUCCAGAAGUGAAACAAAGCGGAUGAAGGGUUUUUGUUUGAUCCCACAGCAAUCAAUCAACGAAGCCAUAAGGACAGCAACCCUUCCCAGGCCAGCUACAGCAGGAGGCAGCGGAGAAAAUGGACGGGUGGUCAGCCACGAUUUCCCCAAAUCCAUGCAGGCGAUUCCGUGCAUGAGUCACAGCACUGGGAUGUCCCUGGGAGCUACGGGAUUAUAAUCGGCCACGAUGCAUCGCCUGGGUGAGAGCCGGGUCUCGCCUGCCCCACCCCUCCAGUGCCAAAACCAAACUGAACAAAUGCAAGAAAAACAAUGAUGACAAAAGGGACAAUUUGAUGGAUCUUCCUGAGGAAAUCAAAUCUAUUUUCUUUGUUGUUUUCUGAUAGAUCCACAGGCAGGAGAACAAUAGCAGUCCGUGCUGCGAUAAGGAGACGGGUAACGAGAUUCAGCAGGUUUCUGGACCAUCCUGGAAUGCAGAACCACUGGAGCACUGAGGAAGACUGUGCCAUUUUGUUUUAACUUGGUUGUUAAUAAGUCUUUGUGUGUGCAAUAUAUAUAUUUUUUCUUACCAAUUCCCAUGGUGUCAGGGUGACAUCAUCUCUCCCCCUUCCCCACUCAACCCUUUAAUCAGGUUUAGUGUGGGAUGCAAACCAUAAUGUCUGAACUACUAACAA